ACCAACCGAGCCAGCCAGGUGCCCCUGGAACAAAUAGUCCUAACACGUCUCCUGUGCAAACCCACAAGAGUCAUCCAGGGAAGCAAGCCCAGUGCUCGGAAAGGCAACGGGGUGCUUGGCUUUCCCUCCCGCUGCUCGGGGACCUGGGACUUGGCCCGGCAGGGAGCGAGCAGCGGGCAGGAGCGCAGAGGGCAGGCUGCUUCCCACCACAGCCCCGCGACCGGAAGGGGCCUUCCCGGUGGCCACGACGCUGGCCUGUGACACAGAGGGCUGGCUCGUGGCUAGUUUUCAGCAGGUGGAUGGGGCUACAACGUACGCAUGGAUGCUCUGUGCCAGUGUGGAGACAAACAGGGUGAGACGCAGGUCUGUACCCAUGAGCGAGGUAUCGGGGGCCCGUUCGGUUGCCCACGGUUUACCCAGAAUCGAGCCUGGCACACGGGGGAAGGAGACAAACACCUGUCGCCGGAGGACGCAGGGAGAACAAAGGACGGGGCAGCGGUCCCUGGGGAUGGAGAAGCAGGGGCGGCGGGACCUGGCAGUGCGCUUCCAGGUCUGCACCAGCACCACGUCCAGGUCAGCAGGUACACAGCAGGCAGCCCCCAGUCCACCGCUCCCCGUCUCGAUGGCCAGUUCCCUUUCCAAGCAGCUCUAUUCUGCCAAAGGGCUCCGGGCCCUUGCCCACGCCGGAUGGCUGCCGUGGGAGGAGGAUGCCUCCGGAGGAACGGGACCGCUCCCGGGAAACCCUCUCCAGGAGUCCAAGAAAGCACACAAGGCCAAGAGCAAGGAGAGGGGAAGGGCAGCAGCGGCCCCGCCUGGCUCGGAGCCCCAGGGAUGGCCCAGGGUGGCCGCUGCCAGAACGUACAAAAGACAAACCUCCCCGAGGGUAGGGAACCGUGGAAAGAACGGGGGCGGGCGGGGGAGGCGGCGCGCACAGUGAAGGUGAAUGCCGUCUGAAAAGCAUGGCUGGAACCCAGCUGGCGAUGGGCUGGCAUCAAAGACACCAAAGCCUGUGCGCCGUCCAAGUCCUCCGAGUGUACGGGUCCCCCGGCACAGUGGCGGGCCUGCCGUCCCAUCCCAUGGGGGCGGCUCCAGCGGAAAGAUAAACGCUGCAGUAAAUGGAAAGCUAACUAAUGUGGAAGCAAGAUUCUUGGGGAAAAAAAAAAAAAAAACGCACAUGCACACCGCAACCAGCAGUUCUACUGUGGUGCCCCCAAGGUGCCCCGUCACAGACAAAAAUCCUAACGCGGUCAAUAAAGGCCCCUGGGGGAGGCACUUAUGGAAAGAAGAGACGUGUUCCUCGUGGUUGACGGCCCAUGAACAAGCAAGUGGGGCUGGAAAGAAAUAGGAAAGGACUAUGGGGCUGGGCAGUAAGCAGGUUUCCUUGAGGAAGAAAGGCUGCCCAGCCCAGACCCGUGGCAUCCCAGAUGCUGGUGCUCAAAGUAGGCUUAGCCCCGUGCGAGAAACCCUGCAAUCAGAGGGCACCCUAGUGAUUUGACUCAGACCUGCCCUAAAGCCAACGGGACCUGAGAGAUGCUCCUG